ACUCAACUCAACAAAUGACGUAAUUUGUAUGGCGAAUGGGCUAUUGAACUCCGCUGAACUAUACGAGAGCAGCGUCUGAUCGCUCAGCGGCGAUCACUUGAGUGCAUUCAGUUUCAAGUUUGACAGAAGACACCAAAAUUCUUAAUUCAUAUGCAAAUUAGAGUCUGAUCUUAUUGGCCACAUCAACUAGAGAACGGUCCAGAUCAGGUAACUAAGAAUAGAAGUGGACAGAGAGAAAGCAAAUGGUGGGCAGCUUAAAUUGGGGUCUCUGCUUUGAUUUGGGAAAUAGAUGCAUCAAAUAUUCUAAUGAGAAAACCGUUAGCAUAGAAAACCCAUAAAAGAUGCACUUUGCAGCUGCUCGGGCUGGGUAUAUAAAGGUGCAGCCGUUGCAUCCAAGUCAUAUUCCCUCAGUGAUCAUGGAACACAGAGCAUCAUCAAUACUCUGGAUAGUGCUUUUCUCGUUGCUGGGCAGCGCGUUCACCUUCCAGGAGAAGUCGCCCCAAGCGCAGCCGCAUCUAAAGCAACCGCAGCAGGUACUCAGUGGCAGUGGCAGCGGCAGUGGCAAUGUGGAGGACUCCGUCGGGACGACUCGCAACAUUGAUGAGCAACAAUUAACAUCCAUCGGUAAGGCUGGCUUUGGAAAGUUUUUUGGCUCCAGCUCGAAGACUACAGCCAAACCGACAGUACAACAUCAACACAAUUACUAUUAUACUUCAGAGGACAGCCAGCAUCCUCGCCAGAACGGUCCACAAGGUUAUCCCUGGGGUGGUUAUCAUACUCAUCCGCCUCCGCAGCGCCCCUGGGUGCCGCCGUAUAGUCAAUGGCCCUAUGGCUAUCCCUAUGGUUAUCCUGGCAUUCCCGGCGUUCCUGGCACUCCUGGCAUUCCUGGCACUCCCGGCGUUCCUGGCAAUCCCAGCGUCCCUGGCGUUCCCGGCUAUCCUGGUCCACCUGCUUCUGGUUAUCCUGGUUAUCCUGGCUAUCAUGGCUAUCCCGGCUAUCCCGGCGUCCCGCGCUAUCCUAACUAUCCUGUUUAUCCCGGCUAUCCCAGCUAUCCCGGCUACCCGAUCUAUCCUGGUUACCCUGGUUACCCUGGUUAUCCAUGGUAUCGCAACUCUGAAAACGAAGAGCCCGAGGAAUCCCAAGCGCAGCAAGAAGUCGUUCAGCGGUCCGUUCCCGCCAGCUAUCAGGCACGCGUCUUGGCCGCCACGAGCAAGUCAAAUAGCAAUGUCUUGCCUCUCUACCAGCUGCUCAAUCUGGCUCGCGUUUAAGCCUUGACUAUGAAUUGAAACUCACUCAGCAAAUAAAAGAACAUUUUCGAAUCAUUCAAACUGAGCUUUUGCUUAAGAAUAUUCCAGUAAUUGAAGAUUGCAAGAUCAACAGAAAUGGGAGAGUAUGCAAACUCACAAUAAAAGCAAAACAAACAUCGAGAGUUACAAUCUCGAGAAAUAAGUAUGAUAAUAUAACAUAUCCAGCCGGUACUGUGUGAGUUAUGCCAGCGGCAAAUCGCGUCAAUGGCCCCCACUUGGCGACCGU